CGAACGAUUUAGACACCGCAACAGAGACAUGCGCAGACCAUGCAGCAUCCCGCUUACUUGCCGGUCUCAAACUCGUCGGGUUUGCGUGAUGGGUCUAGUUAAUAUGCAUGUCUACGGAUGAAGUCAGUGGGGGCGUUGUCCCAACCUCAUUUACAGUGACAGACGGCCUCUGUGAUGAGAGCUGCUACUGCCCUCGCAUGUAAACCAAGUUGAAAGAACUUAAGUCUUUCUUGCGAAACUGUCAGUGCUGUCGGAGCUACUGGUGGGUCCGGUACUGUCAUGAAAUACUGCUUCUGCUAAAAAUUUACUUGGCUGAAGGAUGACUUUUGUCUUUUAAAACCCUCGCGCUUUCGAAGACAGCGAGCGAGCUGUCGAUGGAGAUGGGAAAAUGCGGCUGCUGGUAUUCUACGUUGCCUUCUGUGGAUGUGUUUUCAGCUCUGCUUGGCCCUUGCAGAUGCAGUGUUACCACUGUGAGGAGAACCUGCUGGGCAACGACUGCUCCGCCCCCCAGUUCAUUGUCAACUGCACCACCAACAUCCAGAACGGCUGUCAGAAGGAGGUCAUAGUGGGGGUGAACGGUGUGUCGUACCGCAAGGCCUGCGCCUCGUUCACCACCUGCCUGGUGGUGUCGGCGGGGUACCAGUCCUUCUGCUCCCCGGGCCGCGUGGGGUCCGUGUGCAUCAGCUGCUGCAACACGCCCCUCUGCAACGGGCCACGCCCUCCCCGCAUCUCCCUGGCGUCCGCCCUCCGGCCCCUCCCGCCCCUCCUGCUCCUCACCGGGACGCUGGCCACUCUGCUCUGAUCGGGACAACCCUACUCGGCCCCCGCCCCCGCCCCCCCCCCACCGCCACCCCCAUCCCCAUCCCAGCCCGUCCCAGCCCAGCCGAGAGGAAAGCUCAGACAGGGUUGCUUUCUUUUGUCGUUUGUCAGAAGUCGGAGAUGUACAGCGCUGGACGGACCUCGCGCAAAAACCACACAGGCCUUCUCGGCCGCGGCGGCGCGGCUCGCUAGCAGAAGCGCGGCUCGCUAGCAGAAGCGCGGCUCGCUAGCAGAAGAGCGGCUCGCUAGCAGAAGAGCGGCUCGCUAGCAGAAGAGCGGCUCGCUAGCAGAAGCGCGGCUCGCUAGCAGAAGCGCGGCUCGCUAGCAGAAGCGCGGCUCGCUAGCAGAAGCGCCGCUCGCUAGCAGAAGCGCCGCUCGCUAGCAGAAGCGCGGCGCGGAGCGGCGUGAUGAGGGGCGAUCUGCGGAGGCGGACGGUUUUUGGCAGCCGCCGUCCGUCCAUUUGUUCGGCGUGACUCAUUUUUUGACGCUGGCCCAAAGCGGGCAGGUGCAGUCCAGGAAUCUGGAACGGCCUCGUCUGCGCCGCGAUGGGCCGUUAAACGUUUUACGAGGCCUCCGAUUGCUCGCCGCCGAAUUGGACGGGGGGGGGGGGGGGGGGUCGGCGAAUGUCCGUCCCAGAAUGUAAAACAACCAGAACCACAUCCAAGCCACCGAGUGUCAAUAGAAGGCCUGUCGUGUCCCAGCUCUAAACACUGGCAGUGCACGGUGCUGUACCACUUACAUUUGACACUAGCCCUGACAACGUAUUAAGGACCGUCUGGUCCCAGGUAAAAGGUGCCAGCUGAUAGUGGCCGUAUUUCACAGAGCAGCUACAAGUAAGAGAGGUGAACUUAAGCGUGAGUCCACGAAGCAGUUAUUUUAAUAGUUAUUAUAUUCUAAAUCAUAAACUGAAACGGGGAAUGUGACUGUAAAUACCACUCCAAAAACAGUAAAAAAAAAAAAGACAGAGCAGUUCAUUCCAGUUUCAGCCUAAUAAAGUGAUAAAGUUUGUAUUAGAUGUUUCCAUCAGAAUUUCAAAGUGAAUUUACUUGUGUGCAAUUGUCCAACACCCAAUCCAAGGCAGAUGUUUCUAAAUGACUGCUGCAAUCUCUGCCAGCCCCCACAUUUUGCAGCUAGUGAUGACUUGAAUUAAUCAUUUACAUAUAAGAAUGAUAGUUUUGUUUUGCAGCCAAGGUGCAGAUUGCGACUGUUUCACAUGCCUCGUUGCAGAUUCAAACCUGUUAAUUUGCAUUUUCCCUUCUGUUUGCAUGUUGAAAUAGUAAACUCGCUAAGGCCUAGCGUUUUUAUGAAGGCAACAAAUUUUUAUGUGCAGUGUUUCUACUUGUUAACUUUCAAAAUUGAGAAUCAGUAUUCAAGUCACAUAAAUUCACACUAAUUGAAAUAGUGAUGUUUAGUUGUGGAUGAUGCUUGUUCAAUAUCAUCACUUAAUUGCAGAAAAUUACACACACACAGGCUUGGAUUGAAUCAACAUUUGCCAUUAACUUUGCCUUAUCAUUAAAUGCCUUUGCCAAACAGUUUGGCAAAUCCAUUUUUCCGAUUACAAAACUACCCAAACUGUCUGUGAAGGAAGACUUGCAUUAAAUAGUGUCAAAUUUAAGGACAAAUGUUGAUUGAAUUCAGUCCACAAACACACAAUGAAGGCAUGUCACUGUAUUUUUGUUUGUGGUAGAACACUUACUGUGCAAUGUGGUCUGUGUGGUGCCGUGUUGGACUAUAGUGUUGUGGUGCACAAAAUCAAAUAAUUAAUAUAUUAUAUAUGUUACCUUUAAUGUGUAACAUUUGAAAGAGCCCUUCUAAAUAAAGUCACUUUUGGACAAA